AUGCUGCUGUUCAUUGUUGUUGCAGUGUGUUUGGCCGGUGCCUUGAGUUACAAUCCGGAAGAGAACAUAGGAGUUGGAAAUCCUGAUCUCUUUGAAGGAGACAUGAUCCUUACGGCUGAACAAAGGGCUGCUGCAAUGGCUGGACAAGACGUGGACGCGCCAGCUAGCCGUGGCGCCAUCAGAAGGGGCUUGUGGCCAGGCGGAGUUUUGGUGUACGAAAUCGAUAGCAGUUUUCGCCGGAGUUCGAGUGCAAUGAACGCUAUUCGGAGUGGAAUGAAGAUGUGGUCUGAUAACACGUGUAUCACAUUUAGGGAGAGAAGAGGAAACGAGAGAAGCUAUGCGUACUUCCAGGGCGGUGGAGGGUGUUCAUCAAUGGUUGGACAGACUGGACGAAGGCAGGCCAUCACUCUCGGAAGAGGAUGUUUACACGUAGGAGUUGUUGCUCAUGAAAUUGGUCACGCUCUCGGUUUUUACCACGAACAGUCCAGGCCUGACAGAGAUGAAUAUGUAACCAUCUACCGACAAAACAUUGUACGAGGUAUGGAAUUCAAUUUCAACAAAUAUAGCAAAUCGACGAUUGAUUCCUUGGGAACACCAUAUGAUUAUGGAAGUGUCAUGCAUUAUGACACGAGAGCUUUCAGCAGAAAUGGACGGCCAACUAUUGUUGCAAAGAAAUCAGGGGUAACACUUGGAAACCGCCGAGGCCUAAGCAAAAUUGACAUUCUUCAGAUGAAACUUUUGUACAAAUGUUCUGGAGGUGGCGGCGGACCAAACCCUCCCCCUCCGACAAAUAAACCACCAGGAGAAUGUCGCGACACUGGAAAGUAUUGCAGCUAUCACGUUCCUCGUGGAGAUUGCGAAAGGAUGGAUAUCGUUAGACGGAAAUGUAGAAAAAGCUGUGGUCUGUGUUCAGAAGGAACUCCACCACCGAACACUAAUCCACCACCUCCCCUGCCACCAGAUACCGAGGCACCUCCUCCUCCCCCUCCUCCUCCAAGCACAGAGAUGCCACCUCCUCCUCCACCAGACACGGAUAUGCCACCAACUCCACCCCCAGGUUCUUGCGGUGUUGCCCCUCUCGGUAGCAGCCGUGUGAUUGGAGGAGAUGACGCUAAUUCGGGUGCCUGGCCAUGGCAGGUUGGUUUACAUAACAGUCGAGGAGGAUUUUUCUGUGGUGGAACACUGGUAACACCAUAUUGGGUUGUCACGGCAGCGCAUUGCAUUUCAACCUUAAACCCCUCUAAUUAUGUUAUUCGGCUCGGAGAUCACAACCGACACCGAAAUGAGGGAACAGAGCAGAAUAUAGGAGCGUCACGAGUUAUCAAACAUCCACAAUAUGACAGCAGACGGAUUAAUAACGACAUAGCUCUACUCAAACUUUCUCGUGCUGCCAACAUUAACGAUCGAGUGUUGCCCGCUUGUCUUCCCCGAGCAAACUACAUUGUGCCUGCUGGAACAACGUGUUACAUUACAGGUUGGGGCAAGAUUAGACAUCCUGGUAACUCUCAUCACACACUACAGCAAGCCAAGAUAUCUACUGUGUCAGAGUCGGAUUGCAAAAGGAAAAAUGGUAAUGGCAUAACAAGAGCGAUGCUAUGCGCUGGAGUUCCGGGAACUCGACUUGGUGGUUGCCAUGGAGACAGCGGCGGUCCUUUUGUCUGCAAAAAUUCCGGGGGAUUCUGGGUACUCCAAGGUGCAGUUAGCUGGGGUUCAAACGACUGUAAUGCUAUGCGCAUGUUUACGGUUUUUGCACGAGUUUCAGUGUUCAGGGAAUGGAUCGACCGAUACAUUUCAUAG